AUGUAUUUCCCAAUAGGAUGGCCAAAAGUUUUAAAAAUACCAGAAUCUGGGCGAUCAGAAUUAAAGCAAGUUAUACAUAAUCGAGAUAAAGUUUUGUUUGCUAUACUGACAAGUGAUUCGUUGUCAGUUUGGUUUUGCAAGCCAUGUGUAUCUAUUGGAACUUAUAAAAGAUCAGCUCAAUCCUUAGAAAAAUUUGGGUCUAAUAUAUUAGUACAAUGGCGCCCAGAUUCCACUAUGUUGGUUGUGAUAACCUCUGGUGGAUACUUACUCUUUUUCAAAUUGGAUGUGGGAAAUCAAAAACCUCUUUACGAACAAAUAGAUUCGCCACAACCAAAUCUGAGAAGAGAUUCGGCAGAAUUGUAUAUGAAAGAGGUUAUUCCACCUUUGUCUCUAUCAUUGGCCAACUCAGUUUGUGUAGAUGGGAAAAUAUCAAAUAUAAUUUGCAUAAGAGAUGAAUUAAUGGUUUCUACCAAUCUUGGAAAAAUACUCAGGUACAAAUGGGAAGGAUGUCAAAAUCUUGAUUAUUCAUUAGAUUUAAAAAGAAUUCCUUUUUGUAUUGAUCAACAAGUAUCCAAAGCUAUUCCCAUUGUGGAAGAAAAGGUUUAUGUUGUCGAUAUUGAAUACUCACCUUUAGUCGGAGGUUUUGCCAUUGUUUUAAGUGAUGGCAGAGCAGCCUUUUUAACAGCUUCUUCAUUAAAAUUUGAUCCUAACCAAGUUCAAGGAAUUUGGGCUCAAAAUAUUGAAGAUGCUCUUUGUGCCAGUGUAAAUCAUAAAUUUAGAUUAAUUGCUUUCGGAAGAAAAAAUUCACAGGGAAUAGUUUAUUGUAUAGAUGAAAGUACUGGUGGUCUUGAGGUUUCCCAUCAAAUGAUAUUGUCAAGUAAGGAUUAUCCUGGAGAACCUGGAGGAGUUCACUCAAUGAAAUGGACUCCUGAUGGAUGCGCUAUAGCAGUUGCAUGGUCAAAAGGAGGAUUAUCCUUAUGGAGCACUUUUGGAGCCCUUUUAAUGUGUACAUUAGGGUGGGAUUAUGGGCUUCAUGCCGAUAUAUGUAAAGCUAAUCCGUUAAACAUAAAAAGCAUAGAGUGGUCUGCUGAGGGAUACCAACUGUGGUUACUAAAUCACACUUGUCAUUGCAAUGAAAAAGAAACUGAUGAAGUUGAUAACAUUUUACAACUUGAUUUUGUUAAAAGCACUCUAAGUGUUAAUCCAAGCAUGAGUUAUUCUCAACACAUACUUCUUCAAGGAGAGGAUAAGUUGUAUAUUAAUUUAUGUGAUAGUACAUUAAAAGGACUCAGCAAAAGAGGAAGAGAAACGUCCAACAGUAGAUUUUCUUCCGACAUGAUUGAAACUCAUAAUUGUAUUGGUAGAAACUCGUUUAUGGAUUCAAAGCAAUGGAUCAUAAUACCUUUGCCUGCUACUUAUUCAGCAACAAAUUGGCCAAUUAGGUAUACCGCAAUUGAUUUAGAAGGGCAAAAUGUUGCUGUUGCCGGUAGAACAGGAUUAGCUCAUUAUUCUUUAUUGACAAGGAAAUGGAAACUUUUUGGUAAUGAAACGCAAGAAAAAGAUUUUGUAGUUACAGGUGGAUUGUUGUGGUGGAAUACCUUAUUAGUUAUGGGAUGCUAUAGUAUUAUAGAAAACAAAGAUGAAAUUAGGUUUUACCCUCGAGAUACUAAAUUAGAUAAUGCUUUUUUAAAAAAUUUAAAAAUUUCUGCACCUUUAUUAUUGCUCAAUAUUUUAAGAGAUAAGUUAAUUACUUUCGGAGCAGAUUCCCAAAUAAAUAUAUAUAGUUUAACAAUGAAAGAUAACGACUAUUUAAAUCUCAGCAAAAGUAUUAGUAUAUCCGUUUUGCAAAGCAUCGACAUUGGUGCUCUUUGCGUUCAUCCUGCUUGCGUUGUAUCCGUAACAUUGACUCAAUUAAGAACAGAAACUAGUCGCCUUACUUCAAAAGAUGCCGAAAGCAUCAUUUUGAACAUUAGCGGUCGUUUGCUAAUGGUUCAGAGAGAGCUUAAACAUUCCCCAGACAGUGAUAAUAGUUCGUUUUCUCCCUCGUGCACGACACCCACUGUGCUUGCUUCCUGCGUUGAAAAUGUUUGGUUACCCAGAAAAUCUAGAAAAGAAAAACCGCAUUUGACGGAGGCUUUAUGGUUGUUUUGCGGAGCCCACGGAAUGCGAGUAUGGCUUCCUUUGUUUCCCCGAGAUUCGGAUAAAGCUCAUACAUUCAUGUCAAAAAGAAUCAUGCUACCUUUUCAAUUAAAAAUAUAUCCAAUGGCGAUUCUCUUCGAGGAAGCCAUUUUACUCGGAGCCGCCAAUGAUACCACUCUUUACACUUCCGAUUCUAAUUCUAUAUUUUCAAUUCCAUUUUGUGUUCUGGAAAAAACGAGUCAGGUGUACCUGCAUCAAAUACUGCGUCAAUUGAUUCGUAGAAAUUUAGGUUUUCACGCUUGGGAAAUAGCGAGAAGUUGUACAAAUUUACCCUAUUUUCCACAUUCACUUGAACUUUUGCUACACGAGGUACUCGAAGAAGAAGCUACGAGCAAAGAACCCAUUCCGGAUGCAUUAAUGCCUAGUAUUAUAGAAUUUAUACAAGAGUUUCCCGUGUAUUUACAAACCAUUGUGCAAUGCGCGAGAAAAACUGAAAUUGCAUUAUGGCCUUAUUUAUUUUCUGCUGCAGGAAAACCUAAAGAAUUGUUUCAGGAAUGUAUGACAAGGAGACAAUUGGAUACUGCAGCAUCAUACUUAAUAAUAUUGCAGAAUUUAGAACCUUCUUCUGUAAGUAGGCAGUAUGCGACUCUUCUGCUAGAUGCAGCUUUAGAAAACUGUAAAUGGGAAUUGUCUAAAGAUUUAGUUCGAUUUUUAAGGGCUAUAGAUCCAAACGAUGUUGAAUCUCCUCGUGCCUCGUUUAACAUGCCGUCCAAAUACGGAGUAACCGCUCAAGCUUCUCAAUUAAAACCCAACGAAGAAGAUUUAUCAUUAGUGUUAGGAACCAUGCAAGUCUCCAGAGGAAGAAGUUACAGUACUACAAUAAGUCCAAAAGUGCAAUCAAGCGAAACUUCUUCUCAUGGUGGUUCGCAUAAGGAAAUUUUUAGAACGAACAGCAAUAAUAGUGCCAAUGAAGUAGAAAAAGCUAAUUCAAUUAAAAGAAAAAAAUCAGUACCGGCUGGAAAUUUAGAUAGCAGGGAAACUUCGGCCGAAGAAUUUUUUAUCGAUGUUAUACUACAACGACACGCCAGACGCUUAUUAUCAACUCAAAGACUUUUAGAUUUAGGUCAUUUUGCAGCGCAUUUGGAUUUUCAUCCCGUUUCCUGGUUGACGAGAGAGAGGAACAGAGCAGCACGUGUGGAAGAUUUCGUCGGAGCUCUUAAACAUCUUCAUUCCGAUUUCAAUUGGCCUUAUCCGGUGGUAAAUCAUUCGGGGAUUUUUCCCUGGCAGAGAAAAAUGUCCAGUACGUCUGGUUCCUCUCCUGGAUUGUCACCCCUCAUAGAGGAUAGAAUGAAGUCAAUAACCGAUACAGGCACGAAAAGUAGUCAAAUUGGAGAUAGCGGGUAUUUAAGUCAUCCGAGCGGUUUUGGUCAUCAAGCUAUUUUUAAUCACACACCGAGCAUAUUAGCCAGUGAAAUUCCAAUUAAUCAAAUGGUCGAAGCGCAAUUAAUGCCGCAUUUGAUACAUGAAAAUUCCAGCAUAACCAGCGAAGAAAGUUCCGUUUGGGGAGGAGACGAUAGAGAUCAAUACAAUCUUGAAUUAUGUAAUAAUGAUUUGAAAGUUUUGGAACAGUUAUCACAAGUGGCCAACAAAGGAAAUCCAAAAGCUGAAGUGCAAUUAAGAUAUUUGUUACAAGUAAUGCUUGAAGCUAAUUGUCUCGAAUGGUCAAUAAUAGUGGCAAUUUUACUGCACGAUGCAAUGGCGGUUUUCAGAGUUACAAACGCUGCACGUUCUCCAGAUCAUAGUUUGUCAGCCGUUCAAAGAUUAAGAGAUGGGAUAUUGUCAUUACUUCAGUGGACUAAUACGCAAUGUUUGGGAUACAAGCCUUUCAUGGUAACAAUACAAAAUCAAAUAAGCGUUUUGAAUAAGAUUUUACUAAUAAAAGAACAUCAAGAAAGGCAAAUAAAUGUAAUAAACGAAUCUAGAAAAACUCCUCCGGGGAAAAGAUCUAGAAAAACAAGUUCAAAUCAAGAUAGUACAAAUAUGUUGCAAAAUUUGACUGGUCUCAACAGCGAGACUUGCUGCGAUAAUAUUCCCAUCCCUGUAAAAACAAGCGAAGAAAAAUCAAAUAAAAGCUGUAAAUCAAAUGGUCCAUCAAGCGAAGAAAGUUUUAAAAAAUCAGAUUCUGUGAGUUUACCUGAUGUUGAAGAAAUAUCUAAAGAAAUUCAACAAUCAUCUCAGUGCAUUGUAUCAUAG